AUGUCUGAAGUAUUUUCUGAAGGCCAAGAAUCGAAGACAGUCCCCUCCUGCCACGACCGCCCUCCACAGUACGACUCAGGCCAGCCAAGCCAAGAUCUACUCACCUCUCUCAUUGAGAACGAGCAUGCUCGCCGGACAUUAACCCAGCAAGGAAUUCAUAUAACGGACAAGUUCGACAACUGGGCAGAUGAGAUAGAUAAGAAGCCUACCCACACUGAUUGCCUUUUUGUCGCGGAGCUUUUCCUAGAGAUAGGUCAGCUAUUUACAGAGCUUGGGCAUAUAUCUACAGAGACGGCAAAUCUUUACAAGGAACGCGCUGUUCAAAACACCAAACUCUAUACCACCAUGGGAAGGCUCACUGAUAGUGAGUUUGACCAGAUGUAUGCUUCUUUAAAGCGGGAUCCAAGCCGGCAGAUGAGACACAAGCUGGCUCAGGACCGCUGCGACUGCUAUGACAGAGAUUGUGGAUCCAAUUCUCAACGCUAUUCAGGGAGCAAGCAAAUAGACGGAACUGGAGACUCUACGUUCGACUCUCCUUGCUCUCAUGACCAGUUCUUCGAGCUGUUGGCAAAGGUGGAUAAGAUCAAUGACAAACUUGGCCAAAACCUUCAAUCCCAUGAUACGGUUAAUGUUUCGAAGACGACUGAUGAUGCUGCCGCAAAGCCACAUUGGAACUUUUGGAAGAGAAUUAUGAGGCGGUCAGCUCGGCCUUAA